GUCUCUUUUCUCAGCCCUCUCAGUCUCACACACCACACCAGAGCAGCGCAGCCGAGCAUGCACUCAUCACAUCAGCUCCUCGUCUCCUAGCUUUCCUAUUCCUGCCUUGAUAAUUGGCCAAUUGUUCGAUCUCCUUCUUUACUACCCCCUUUGCUUUCGUUGCUGCUACUACUACUGUUCCAUCUCCUAGGUUUCGUUGUUGUCCCUGCAGGCCGCCACUGAGUGAUUUGUUAGCAGAUAAGAUUUAGAUCUCCCAGAUAAAAAAAAGAGGUUGAGAGGAGAGCUAGCACUAGGCACUAGCAAGCCUGCUGUGAGGUGAAUAUGGAUCCAGUCGCAGCAUCCAUACACGGUCAUCAUCUUCCUCCACCGUUCAACACCCGGGACUUCCAUCACCAUCUCCAGCAACAGCAGCAGCAGCUCAAGACCGAGGACGACCACGGCAGCGGCGCGCCAGGACUGUUCGGCAGCCGCGGCACCAAGGGCGACCACGAGAAUAAUGACCAGAACAGUGGAAACAGCAACGGAAGUGGCGGAGGAGGAGGCGACGAGCUGGCGCUGGUUCCACCAUCCGGCGCCGGGCCAGAGGGUGGAGAGCCCACCCUACGCCGCCCGAAAGGCCGGCCGGCGGGGUCCAAGAACAAGCCGAAGCCGCCCAUCAUCAUCACGAGGGACAGCGCCAACACGCUCCGGACGCACGUCAUGGAGGUGGCCAGCGGCUGCGACAUCUCCGAGAGCAUCACGGCCUUCGCGCGCCGCAGGCAGCGCGGGGUCUGCGUCCUCAGCGGCGCCGGCACCGUGACCAACGUCACCCUGCGGCAGCCGGCCUCCCAGGGCGCGGUCGUCGCCCUCCACGGCCGCUUCGAGAUCCUGUCCCUCUCCGGCUCCUUUCUCCCGCCGCCCGCGCCGCCCGAAGCCACGGGGCUCACCGUCUACCUUGCCGGCGGCCAGGGGCAGGUGGUGGGCGGCAGCGUCGUCGGCGCGCUGACAGCAGCCGGGCCGGUGGUGAUAAUGGCGGCAUCUUUCGCCAACGCGGUGUACGAGCGGUUGCCGUUGGAGGAGGAUGACAUGCUCGCUGCGCAAGCACAGGCCGACAGUGCAGGAAUUCUCGCGGGUGCGCAGCUCGCCGGCGCUGUGGAUCCAAGCCUCUUCCAGGGACUGCCACCGAACCUGAUGUGCAACGUGCAGAUGCCGCCAGAAGCAGCCUACGGAUGGAGCCCGGGCGCCGCCGGUGGCCGUCCGGCGCCGUUCUAAUAACUGAUAAGAGCGCGCACGCGGCUUAGAUAUGGUUAAGUGAUUUAGCUUUCUUCUUCGAUCUUUUGCUUGAAUUUUUAUCGUGGAGAAUUUCCGUGGGAAUUGCAUAUGAUUUCGCAUGUUAAUUAGUAAGCUAUCUUAAUACUGUUUCAGAAUAUGUAGCUCGAUUUCUGCCAUUUCGUUUCGCUAUUCCUUGUGUCGUCGUAACUCUUGUUCAUGUUGUUGACUUGAAGCCGGGUUUUGUUCCUU